UAUUACUUGACAUUCAUAAUAUUUUUAAAAAUAUAUUCACUAUGGUAUAAUAAUAUGGAAAGCUAUUAUAAGUUAUGUGUGUUUAUGUGGUAUGUGUUAACAAGCACAAGUAUGUCUCGGGCUCAGGUAUGCUCACCGGGUGACCUACGAAAGUUUGACUCAAACGUGGCUAAACUCUCAAUGGUAGGCAAUUCCGGGCGAAAGUUCCCGGAAAAUAGAGGUCCGGAGUUGAAAAAGUUUUGCUCUGAAAAUGAUAAAUUGAUCUCGGACGUCGAAAAGUACCGGAAUCAAUGCUUGGAAAAUAUGUCCAAACAAUUGGACACUCUACUUAAAAUCGGCGCUUGCGACAAAUGUUACACGGCAAUGUUGGACAAACUACUCGGCAUACAAAUCUCGCAGGAUGAUAAAAAGAAAAUACCAUGGUUAUGUUGGUAA